AAUAUAAUGGAUAUCCUGUAAAUAUAUAAUACAAAUAAGUGUUUACUAUUAAGUAUAAUAUGAUACACUACGUACAAGAUGACAACAUUGCUGAGAAUUGAUGGAUACACUCACAACGGGAAUAUAUUGAAUAUAAAAUUUAAUGAACACCGCCCAAAUCUGAAAAAUUAUUUAUGUUAAAUAUUUGAACAUAUAAAAAAAAGAAAAUAAAUUUAAGUAAUAUCAUAGGAAUGGUGGCUAUAAUUGAUGCAAAGUACAUAAUGCAUACAAUGAAUAUAGUGCAUGUAGAAAUCAAUUAUGUGUCUGGUGCAUAUCAAGGGAAAAAGAAAAUGACAGUUCAGCGAACUUUUUUUGCAUUUCACAGCGUUUCGAAUCGAAAUGUACUGUGGUUGAAUAAAAAAGUCUAUGUAAACAAACUUUCUGAAUUGUCAAAAGGUGAGGUUAAACAGUUUCAUGUAAUGUUAUAUUGAUCUUUCUAUUUCCGUUGAAAAAGAAAAGGCGCUGAAUUAUUUCGUUAUGAAAACAAAAUAUUUUGCACUGCAAAAAUCGAUUGAGGUUAAUUAUUUCGUGAUGAAAACAAACCAAUUUCCUUUGACUUGAGUUUGCAUCUGUUGUUGUAAAUAAGCUGUCAGAAUUUUUUAUUAUGGAAUGAACCAAUACCGCCCAUCUACCAACAGAAUAACAAAAGGUCUUCUACGGUGACACGUCAGGUAACCAACACGACGUGGUUGAAAAAAAUAAGCAAGGGCGUCUUAUUAGAAUUGCUUUCAAUCGCCAGACUGCAUUCAUGUUCGUGAGAGCGAUCAUCGAUAAUCUAGUAUUAUUCAUAUACAAAAUCUUAUAUCUAUAGCGCUGCAUUCAAUUUGCCCGAACAUUCCAACAAGAAUUGUGAGCUUGACGGCAUAUACAUACAGGCAAAAUACUAAUGUAUUUGGUUCGCUCAGAUUCCACUCCUCCCCUUCACUACUCCCAAGCAUUCAUGCAUCACCAGUCGAUCGGGAGUCGGGACUUCGAUUAAGCACCAACAGAAAACUUGACACGCGACGCUGAUGCGAAACAUCCGUUCCACACGCGUUGACAAAACACAGUUGUUCUAAUUUGAUGGCACACAUCGAGGCAGUUUAGUGCAUCGGUUUUACAAUUUCUUGCACUUUCGAGCAGAAGCACCAAAACCAGAUUGUCCCAUUGAUACUUCUGCUCGAACGUGCGAAACCACUACAAGCCACCGCAAUGAUGAAUGACCAUCGGAAAUGGUAUAUACAUAUAUAUAGUUUGGAACUUUCUCACCCGAGUAUUCCAUUGGACUGCGUGAUGGUAUUUUUACCGAGGUGUACCGUUCACACACACUCAUAUCCUUUCUUGCAGCACACUAAUAUCUGCUCGCCAAUUUUUUGGAUUCUUUUUCACUAAAUGGAACCUUGUGUUUCUUCGACUUUUCGGUACUGUUUUUCAGAAACUUCAUUUAUUGACCACUUUCAGACGAUUCUCGCUGUUUUUCUGGUUUUCUUUCGCUAUUUCAACGACCCCGCAUCGGGAAUCGUCAGUGCAAAGGUAUCCCACCUUUGCGAACUGGCUGGUUAGUUUUACUUUUUGCAAAUUUAUAUCACUCGCGUCGGCAGAAAAACGCGGAAUUAUGCAAUCAAUAUGCAACUAUGAUUACUUUUUAUCUUUCUGGUAAAAAAAACACCACUAAUAUCACUUAAUUGCCUAUAUCCGAGCCGAAGCUGUCGAAAAAAAAAUUAGCUUGUGCAGAGCUUUGGUAGAAUCGACCGAUCACGAUGAAAAUACAGACACGACUGCAAAAUGAAAUUGUUUACUUCUAUUGUCAAACUAGUAAAACUAGUCUACCUCGCUUGGAAUCGAAUUGUACGGACCAACCACUGCUUUCACAAAAUCCGUUAUUUUCAGUAAUUGUACAUUCUACAGAAUUAGUCACAACUAUUUCUGAUGCUUCUAAUAACAAAACUUCAAUUUCAUUCUUUGUCGAUUGAUGGCCCUGAAAAGGGCCUUUUGUUUGGGCAGUGUUCGGAAUUUACUUGGAGCUGGUGUAUAUGGUAACAGCUUUGGUGCCAUCUGAGACGGCGUGCUUGGACAACUCUUCCGACUGCAGCGAACAGCACACAUUUCGACCGACGUACAGUUACGAUGCUGCAAACGAACUGAGCGUGAGCAACAGCAUGCUGAGUUUUUAUACCUGACUGCAGCACAAUGUAAGCUCGUCCUUUUUUGUGUUGUCCUCAAUAUGUGUUCUUCGUAGCUCCUCCCCUUCGUUGGCCGAUACACAAACAAAUUGUGUUGAACGCGUCGGAGUGCCGUUUACUUAGUAGCUGUAAUGAAAUACUUUGCUGCUAAAGUGUUUAAAUUGGAAGGAAAUGCUGCCCGUGACAACAAGAAGACGAAUUAUCCCACGUCUUCAGCAGCUGGUGAUUCGUAACAACGAAAAGUUGAACAAAUUGCUCUCCGGAGUGACAAUUGCUCAGGGCGGUGUGUUUCCAAAUAUCCAAGCCGUACUGUUUCCCAAGAAGACCGAAAAGAAAGCAUAAAUCGAACGCUGAGACUUACCAAAGAAAUGCUCUUGUAAAAACCGUUAUUUUUAGGACGACCACAUAUUUUUUGAUAAAGAUCAAAAUUGAAAUUGUGUUUCCAAUACGGAGAUUAUUGAACACUCAGGGUAAAGAGAGUUAUGUAAUACGGCACCUUGGUAAAAUGUUUGAGAAUUGAAACCUUUUUUGAAUGCGCCUAGUAAAAAUGUUUUAUACUUCACUCCAGUUUGUUUCUGACCAUAUUUGCAAUUUGCGUACUGAAAUAAAUCAUAAUUUAGGGUUUAACCCAAAUUGCUCUCCAGGGAGAAACAGUCCAUGAAACAGAAAAUGCAAACUUAUUUUUUGAAAUGAUUUUGGUGGCCCUGAAAAGGGCCUUGUUUAUAAUGAUACAAGUGAGCUCUACCUUUUCAACUUCCAAAUCCAUACAAAGUGCGUCCCUGCCGCUUCAGAGUACAGACGACAUUCAUUGCGGUUUUGCGCUUGGCGUGUUCAGUGUAGGCCACGGCAUCUCGGAUGACAUUUUCCUGUACACCAUCAGCAUUCGUAGAUUAAAUCGGAGAUGCAUUUUACACCACUAUGACGAACCAGACGCCGAAUGGGGGAUUUGGUGAUUCCCUGGAUUUUAUCACGAAGAACCUUGCGAUGACGCUUGGUACGGGAACGCAAACAUGAUACCGCUCAUUGUACCGUCCGGACGAGCAUAUUGCUCGUGUGGUAAACGAGCACCCACUGAUACAAAACAAGCUCGCGUGACCUGUAUAUAUAACAUUCCCGUAUGUAAUGAAUCCUUUUUGACGGCUCUGAGGGAGAUAUGCUUGCAAAUUGCGCAUUUUCCUCGUUAUUUUAGAAGGAUUUUCUAAAAAUCCUUGUUUUUAUAGUUUUUAUAGUAGUCGCACUAAUUUCGAAAUUUAAUACGAAAUACGUGCACGAAUUUCCGAUCAGAUAGUGCAAAAAUAUUGCGAUUUCGAUCAGUAGAACAGAAGAUAUUCGCAUUUCAAACCUGGGAAAAUUUCUCAACUAAAUUUUUUGAAACGGGACCCCAUAUUGAAACGUUAGAAGUAUUCUACUUCAAAAUAUGCAACUGUUUUACAUCGAGGAUUUCCAAUGCAAGAAUUUUGUGCGCAAGACACAUACGUGGUUAAUCUCAGGUUUUGGUUUGCUCCAAACUUUCGAGUGGGUAAAUCCCCCCUCGGUAAUUUUCGAGUGGGUAGUACUACCCACGCAUUUCGCCGGCUCUGAUCCACCGCCCCAGUGUUUUUCAAUGAAAUACGACAUAAGUUGCUUCCUUCACCGAAAUUUUUAUUUCAAUAAUUGUGACAGUUUUGUAGAAUAUUUUGAACUUCCAAAAAAUCUUGGAAAGAAGCUAUAAUGAAAAAAAUGUUUUUUAAGUAUUUUCACUAAUAAUGCUCUAUAUCUCAAAGAUUAUUGAAGAUAGACUCUUACCACCUCCAGUAAAGUUUCUUGUUGAUGAAUGUACUUUAACUUUGCAGAAUACACCAAAUAAUAAGGGAAAUAAAUUUUAAAUCUCACUUAUGGGAGGAUUAAUCAUCAUACUUUUGACUUAAAAAGAUGGGGCAUGUCAUUAUAAUAAAUUCUUCCGAAGGUAGUAUAUCGCUAUAACUAACCAUUUCGACGCUAUUUAAAACCAUGUCCUUUUUCGCGUUUUAAACCACUGUGCGAUGGCGUGGCUGGUAGCAGAGAAGAGAAGGGCCACUCAAAACCAAAACUUCUCGCAAUUCUUUUUAAAAUCACUAGCGGCACGUGGUGUCGAAGCCCUGCAAAAUACACUGUUAAUCAACACAUUAGUUCAAAAUUAUACGACGUUACUGGUAUAAAAUAUCUAACAAAUUCAUCCCCGAUAAUCCGACAAGUGGUCAGAAUAUGUUCUACCAAAUAAAAAUUGUCAUGCAAUAAUUAACCCAUCUUUCAAAUACUGACUGCGUUUUUGGGUUGCAAACGGAUAUUUUACUUUAAAAAUUAACCUAUCUUUUUCCAUCGAAAAACUAAAGUUUUAAUGUUGAAGUAUGUAAGCAUACAUUUACAUUUAAAUAUCGAAACUUUUGACUGCACAAUCAAUUCUUAGCGCACUGCCCAAGAAAAAUUUUCAAUGGAUAUCUUCCCAAUGGUUAUUGUGUGUCCUUUCUUUUGAGAACCACCAAGCAAGGACAUUAAAUUUAAACACAGACAUCAUUUUGUUAGCCAGCCAUUUUCCUUUUCCAGGAUUCGAUAUAAGUUUUUUGGUCCUUAUGAAAGUGGAGGAAAUUAGUUUAUAAUUAUUUUCAAUCUUUAAUAUUGGAGGCUGCUUUGUAUAAAUUCUCAUGAGUACCUUUUCAAGGAUUUAAUGUCGCAUUUCAAUUUUUACGAAAUGUCACCAAGGUCUGUAAACCAUGACAAUCGUUCUGACUACGCACCAGUGCUGCCACAAUUAGGGUAAACAGGUCUAAUACGCCCCCCUUAAGCAAAAAUAGCUAUAUUUCACCAUUCGACGCCAUGAUCUUCUCACUAACUACUCUAAUUUAUUGUUAUAUUAGUUAGAAAUUAGCACCCAUUUCAUUUUUUUAUUAAAAACAUCCUGAUACAAGUACAAUUAAAAAUUUUUCAAAGAUGCCUAAAUUCUAGUUUUUUCUUUCACCCAGGGCAAAAUGCCCCCGGUGAAAGUGUAAUAUGCCCCACAGCAAUCGGUGAGUAUGCCCCACAACAAUUGGUGGGGCGUUUUGGCCGGUGAUGAGCUGUUGUGAAUACAUGAAUAAUUCUACACACACAUAGUUUUAAGCCAAGCUAUAAACUAAGAUAGUAACUAUAAUAUUAUAGUAAGCUACUUGAAAUAGUUCUAUCGAAUCCGACUAUUUCUAAUUGGUUGUAAUGCUAUUGGAAAAAGUGGAAGCUUACAUAAAAGUAGCUCUUUUGAAACUUUUGUGUGUAUUGUUGUUUUGCAACAUAUUAAAAAUACCAAACUAACUUAGUACGUUGAUUUCAUGAAACGAUACUGUUAUCAGUCAUUUUUACUUUUUAGAUAAUUCAGGAAUCCUGGGAAUCGAAGAGGGCCCAAGCAACCAAGAGUUCUGCAUUUAAUCGAAAAAUCGACUUUCAAGUUCACAACAAGUUCGUUUUGAGUGCUGCAGGAACUUUCUUGCUGCUUAGAAGUACACGCGACGCUUUUGGCAACAACAAGUACACGAAAGAUUCAGGUGGUAACUGUUAGCAACCUCAAGUUCGUAUCGAAGAUCGUGCAUGUCUUUUUAGCAACUUGAAAGUGCACGAGAAGUUCCAUGUUGAACUCCUAGCAACCUCAUUGCAAGAAGUACACAAAAAUUCUAUUUACGAACUUUUAGCAACUCCAGAAACGUUUUACUACAAAAUUUUGAAAAUUAAGCGUGAAUAUUUCAUUAAUGCUUCUAAAAGGAUGCCCCAAAUAAUACGAAUUAAAAAAAUAAUGAAAAAAAAAUGUUUCAUUGGGAUUUGAACCCAUGAACUUGCCAUCGUAAAAGAGGCAUGCUACCAUUACGCUAACCGAUCAAUUAAGAAAUGAAACCAAAUAAGUAACUCAGCUUUAGGGUGUUGCUUCACCUUUAUUUUCUAAAUUAUAAACGCAUAUAUGCACCGAAUGCCGUACAUAAUUAAACAACAAAAGAUUUAGUUUUAAUCAAAUCAGUCAGGUGUAAUAUGAUGUGUACAAAUAAAAUUCUAACAUUUCUCGUAAUAUCCAUUUCAUUAUUCAUACCUAUAUUAAAGAUUAUACUAAAACGCAGUAUUUUUCGCUUAUUGUCCAGUCCGUUCCAUGACUGAGUACACCACGCAUCGGUCAUAGAACAUUGCAUUAAUACGGUUAACCUCUCUCUCUUUUGACAGUUCAGAGAACUUGUUUACACGCUGACUUAGACAAUUUUUUAUUCUACCACAGUACAAGAAACAAGGAUGGAGUCGCUUCUACACAUUGUAAACAAGUGCGCCGAACUGUCAAUUUUUCCUUUGAUGACGUCAUCAUGCAAUGCUCUAUGCAGUUGAAUUUGUUGUGAUUGCAAAUUUCCUCAAACAAAAUAAAACCAACCGUGAUCGGUAUAAUAGUGGAAAAGUAACUGCAUGCUGCGUUUUAUAAUAAAGUAUUUUUAAGCUGCCGUAAAUAUGGAUUUUUCGAAGAAGGUUAAAAAAAAUGGACUAUUUUAUUACCGUCGUAAGAAAUUACUUGCUAAAUGGGCUAAGGAGAACCGAUCAACUCUAACAGGUACUUAAUGGUUUUAUUGAUGUUUUCUUCCGUAUUGCUGAGCAUUUCAUAUAUUUGAUAGCAUCUCUCAAAAGCGCUCACCAACAAUCGUCAGAUACAGACGGAAUAGUAAACGCUACAACUAUAAUAUUAAAGAAACCUGUAAGCCCUGGUGAACUACCUUCCGGGAGACUGUCUCCACAGCACAACUCCAAUUUCGACGAGGAUAGCGAUCAGGAAGAUCUUACCAUUGAGUUCACAAAUACUGACGGAGAAUCUGUAACCUGUGGUGAUUAUGAUGAUCUUCUGCAUUAUGAUGAAAUCGACGAUAUGAGCCUACCAGAAUGCAUCAGAUUUUGGGCACUUAAAACGAAUCAAUCUCACGAGUCAAUUAAUUUGAUCAUGGACAUCAUAAGAAGGAAGACCGAUGGAAAACAAUUACCUCGUUCUGCAAGAACUCUUUUGAAAACAUCUCGAAACGCAACGGCGAGUAUAGUUGACAUUCAAGGUGGUCAAUAUUGGUACAAUGGACUUCGUAAUUGCUUGGUCGAUUUUUUUCGCAAUUUAGAACAUCCACUCUGCAUUUCCAUAAACAUAAACAUCGAUGGAAUCCCAAUUUACAAGAGCAGCAAAUCUCAAUUUUGGCCAAUUUUAUUCAAUAUCUACGAGAUUCCGGAAGCUAAACCAAUGACCAUUGCUAUAUUUUUUGGUUCUUCGAAGCCUGAGAGUUCAGAAGAAUUUUUGCGGCCAUUCGUAAACGAACUAAGGAAUGUGCUGACUCAAGGAAUUUCCGUAAAAGGUCAUUAUAUAACAGUCCAUUUGAGAUGUUUCAUAUGCGAUGCACCAGCACGUGCAUUCAUUAAAGGCGUUUUCGGAUUUAAUUCAAAAAAAUGGAUGUUUGAAGUGCGUAUGUGAAGGAGAAUAUUCAUAUGAAUCUCGGACUGUUGUAUUCACUUCAUUAAAUAGUGCUAAACGAACCGACCGUGAAUUUCGAAUGCAUUCAUAUGAUCGUCAUCAUAAGACUGUCACUCCUCUUCUCGAUGUUCCAAAUAUGGAUUUAAUCCAAGAUGUUAUUGUUGGAGACAGGUUACACCUAAUUGAUUUAGGGGUUAUGAAACGUUUGCUUAAUGGAUGGAGAGAUGGCUCCCUUGGAUUUGACACGAAGUUAUCUUCCCAGAAAAUUUCCGAUUUCUCAACUAUGUUAUGUAGUAUUCAAUUACCGUCUGAAAUUCAUCGCAAACCACGUGGAUUAGAUUAUCUUUCACAUUGGAAAGGAACGGAAUUCAGUAACUUUUUGCACUAUUCAAGCAUUGUUGUGUUGAAACAAUAUCUCCCAGACGUUGCCUAUCAACAUUUCCUUCUAUUUUUUUGCUCCAUAACUAUGCUGUCAUCAAAUACAUAUAGAGCAAACUGGCAUGUGGCUAGAAAGAUGCUAGAAACAUUUUUAUCAGAUUUCAUGACCAUUUAUGGAGAACAAUUUAUCACUAGUAAUUUACAUAACCUUCAACAUAUUGUAGAUGAGGUGGAAGUUUUCGGUCCAUUAAGCACGUUUGCGGCAUAUCCUUUCGAGAAUGGACUACAACGGAUGAAACACUUGAUUCGCAGUGGGUGGAAGAGCCUUGAACAAGUUAUCAACAGAUUAUCGGAAGUGGAUUCACAUGAAUACUACAGGAUGCAACCAUCAAGAAUACGGAAGUAUCCGUCAAUAGCCACAUCAGGUGAUUCCAUAAGAGUCCAUGUGAAAGAUGGAUUUAUCUUGAGUACACUGUACAGAAAUGGGUGGUUCUUGACAAACAACAAUCAAGUUGUUCGGUUUGUAAAUGUUUUAAAAUCACCCAAAAUUAUUAUUUUUGGAAAAAUUCUCGAAGAAAAAAGAAAUUUCUUCUCAGAUCCUGUGGAAUCAUCUGUGCUGCACGUAUUCACAGGAAAUAUACAUAGUUUAUCCGCAAAUGAGUUUCAAUUUGCAUGUGAAGAUAUUAAAUGCAAAUUAGUCGCAGUCAUGUCUGUUAAUGAUCAUGUGUUUAUUCCACUACUACACACACUUGAAUAGAUAAAAAGGUAUCAUGAAUAUGAAUAAUAAACCAUACAUAUAUAUGUGGAAAGGAAUGAUUGUUUUUGUUGUUAACUGAAAGAUUAUCUGGUUUAAACUGAGUCUUCUGAUCCAGUGCUAUCGUCUGAUCUAGUGUUAGUGUCGAAAAAUGCAUUUUCGUUA